AUGCCUCAGCCACUUCAAAUCGAUCUUUUGAUCGUUCAGAAGCUGCGCCAAUUCGUCGAUCCAAUACGAAAGAAGGCAAAUAUCUAUUCCGAACGAUCGACGCGUUAUCAAAAAAUUAAUAGAUACCAAUGUAUAUAUAUAUGGGGCUAUCAAUCAUGAUAAGGUCAGAGGUCAGUAUUGAUAGAUUUACAAGGCCUUUAUGAGGAAAGGAGGAGUUUCUGCGCUCUAUCGAUAAUUUAUCAAAUGAGACAUGGGUGGAUAACAGGAGGUAUCUAUCAAGAUCAAAUGAGACAUGAGUGGAUAACAUUUCUGGUCGUUUUUGAGAAAUUUCUUAGUUCAAUUAAUUUCCUUAUAAGUAGACAGUGAAGUUCAUAGUCAUUCUUUUAUCGCUUUGGCCUCACUUGAUUAUUCCGACUCCAUUCUAUUUACUUUUUCAUCAAGUAGCUACUCAAGUGUUCUUCUUCCAGUUGAGCACCUUCUUUGACUUUAUCCCUGAGUUCUAGAUCGUUUCAACUUCAUAACUUGAAUUAUCCAGCUUGUUCCAAGCCCAGAUUCUCCAGACGGCUUAAUUCUGGCGGCGAUUUCCUGCCUGUCUACCUGAGAACCACCGCCAUUCGCGCUGGGGGUGUCUGGCGCGCGCCCUUUGACGGCUUAGACGGCAUCCCUCCGCCAAUCGGCACAAAUUCUGUCUAG